AUGAACACGAUACAUCCCUUAGGAUCUCUACCAAAAAUGUUUACCAUUCGACAGCGGUUUUCAUUUCAUGAACUUCGACCCGUUAGUCUAGUUAAAUUAGAACGUGGCAUUCGACAACGUUCAUUACUCUACUGUUUGGAGAAGGGCUACUUUACAUUGAUCCAGUAUUUACUGCAAUCAAAUGUGUGCGAUGCUCGCGAACGUGAUAGUGAGGAUCGAACAGCAUUGAUGUACUGUUGCUUUAUUGAAAAUAAUAAUUGGGCCCAAAAUAUGGCGAUGAUUUUACUAGAAUACGGUGCGAAAAUUGGUGACCAAGACCAACGAGGUCUCAAUGCUUUACACUAUGCUAUUAUAACUCAACGGAUGGUCCUCAUUCGACACUAUCUUGCAUCGAUAGAUUUCAAUCUCAAUCAAGCAAUAGACAUCAAUGGAAAUACAUGUUUGCACUAUGCUGUAUCGACGGGUGACUUGGACAUCAUUCAUUUGGUGUUAAAUGCGAUGAAACGUUAUUCAGCUGAUUUAUCAAUGAAAAAUCAUUUCGGUUUAACGGCAUAUGAUAUUGCUUGUCAGCAGAAUAAUGAACGUUGUCAAACAUACUUACAAAAUGAAAUUGCGCACUAUGAACAGAACAAAAUACCAUCAACACCGAUCUACGGAUCGCCUUUUAGCUUUGAACCUAUAAUGGAUCGACAUUUGUCAGCAUCGUCGCAAACAUAUUCGAGCAUAUCGAAUCGAGUGCGGACGGCAACACCAGCAACGUAUAGACACACACGAACGGUCAGUCCACUGUCACUACGGCCAGCUUCAAAGAGUCCUAGUAAGCCAUCAGCCAGCCUAUCAACGCUUAAUAAUGAAAAUUCCGCUUCUCGUUCUUCAAUUUUAAUUGAUCCGAUUGAAUCACGUAAUAUCAUACUUCGACGUAAUAAGACUCUCGAUUUAUCACUUCUGAAUCAAGCGAAAAGUUUAGCAAAUUUAAAAACAACAUCAACCACUAGUCAAAAUGAACAUUUCUCAGCUUCCUCUUCAACAUGGCGCGAUGAUUUUACUAAAAUAUUCGAUCGUUUUCAAACACUGAAAACUCCAUCCUACAGAGAAACAAUUCAUCCGCCGUUAAGUACUGAGAUACCAAGUGACAUAUAUCAAAAUUUUUACGGAACAAACGAUACAUUUCGUAGUGAGAACGGUAAUUUUCAACCUAUGACACUACCCUCACUAGAUUCUUCACAGAAAUUUAAUCGACGUCGAAGUAGCGUUAUCAAUGCUGGUAUGAAGUUCAUGUCGAAAAUCAAAAAAUAA